AUGGGAAAACAUUCCAGAAAUCUGGUAUCUAGUUGUGAUGACCCUCUGGUUGCUGAAUCUGUGGCCUGGGACUCCAAACACCUGCAGAUCAUGACUCUGGAGCUAGAAAUUAAUGGUUUAUGGAAGGAGGCAGCUUUUGAACCUGUGCCUCUGAACAGCACUGUCCACGAAGUGGAGGUAGAGCCUUUCUGUGUCCAUCAAUGGCUCAAGGCCAUUGUGAGGUCCCUGGAGGCCUUGCUCAUGACCACACCUUCAACUCCUACGGGCUUGUUUGCACUUCCCUCACAGGUGCAGCUAUUCAUGGAUGAGGAGGACUUGGUCAUGUCUGCCUUCUUAUCUUUGUCCCUCUCUGCCUUGUUCCCACGCAGCCUAGAGCACGUGUCUGCUGCUGAGACACCAGGUCCUCCCCAGAGCUCUCCGGUUUGAAGCUGUGCCCCUGCCAUGGCGGCCCCUACAUGGAGCCAAUCUGAAGAUGAGGGCGUCAGCAGCCAAGAUGAACAGGAGACAAACAGCAGAGAGGACUCUGAAGAUUCUGAGUCAUCACUCCACGAUGCCCUAUAUUUGAAAAUGACUGAACUGGUGGAGUUUCUACUCCCGAAGUAUCAUGCAAAGCAGCCAACUACUAAGGCAGAAAUGCUGAGUAAGGUCAUCAAAGAGUACCAGGAUCACUUCCCUGAGAUAUUCAGACUAGCCUCUGAGUUCAUGCAGCUCCUUUUUGGCAUUGAUGUGGAGGAAGUGAACCCCAGUACCCACACCUAUGUCCUAGUCACCACUUUGGGGCUCACAUAUGAUGGGAUGGUGUCCAAUGGGCAAUCCAUGCCCAACACUGGCCUCCUGGUCAUGCUCCUGAGAUUUAUCCUUGCAGAGGGCGACUGUGCCUCUGAGGAGGAAGUCUGGAAAGCCCUGCAUGUCAUGGGUGUGCAUGAUGGGAAGGAGCAUUGGCUCUAUGGGGAGCCCAGGGAGCUCAUCACCAAAGUUUGGGUGCAAGAAAAGUACCUGGUGUACCGACAGGUGCCCAACAGUGAUCCUGCACGCUAUGAGUUCCUGUGGGGCCCCAGGGCCCACGCUGAGACCACCAAGUUGAAAGUCCGUGAGACUUUUCUCAGGGAUUAUAGAAAGGAUCCCAUUUUUGUCCCAUACCUGUCUGAAGAAGCUAUAAGUGAUGAGGAAGAGGGGGCCUGA